AUGGAUUCAGUGAAUAACAUCAGUAUAGUAGAGAGGGAAUAUGAAUCUUUUUCAGCUAAUGAAGGUUCUUCAAUGGUGAGAAACAAAAGACGUUCUUCUAGGGGCAUGAAGGGCGACCGCCACAUCAAGGUGAAUGGGAGAGACCGUCGAGUUCGCCUAUCAGCAAUAUGUGCUGCUCGUAUCUUCCAACUCACCCGUGAGCUAGGCAAGAAAACCGACGGUGAAACCAUCGAAUGGCUCUUACACAAGGCUGAACCCGCCAUUGUGGCCGCCACUGGCACCGGCAUUGUGCCUUCCAUCAUGUCCUCGGUGGACAGUAACGCCACCUUCAUGGCCAACACCACCACCACCAACUUGGUGCCACUAGACACAAUUACUGCUCAGGAUUCCAACUUAGUCACCGUUGCUGCGGUUGCAAGGACAGAACAGCCCAUCCCCCCUUUCCAUUUCGACUUUGAGUGGAUGCAACAUUCCGAUUUAGGAUUUCGUGACAAUUAA